AUGAAGCCCUACGGUGCCAGCAUCAUGAUGCUUCCCCACAGGAUGCACAGGAAGAGUUGUGGAAAAGUAUUUACUGUGAUUGUUGAAACCUUUAACUAUAAUUGCAAUAUUUUUAUUUUUCCUAAAGACCGACUGGUUAUACUGUGUCUGGGACUGUUGAACGCUGUUCUGCUGAUAGCUGCUGUUGUUAUUGGGAUUAACUGUGGCAAAGUCAAAGAGGGUUCCCUUCAGGUUUCCCACUCAGCUGCAACACAGCUCAUCAGUGAGCUGAACUAUCUCCGUGGCAACCACAGCGAUGUGAUCGAAGCCGAAGAGGAGGCCAAGAACGCGUUAGAGAGAGCGGUCAAAAACCAUGCACAGCUAAGGGUGAAAAUUGAGCAGCAGAGGACCAUCAAUGACAAUUAUCAGAGACAGAUUGAGGCACUGCAAGCAGAGAAGACAAAUCUGCAGUCCAACAUAUCGGCUUUGGAGGGAACUUGUGGCAGAUGUCUCUCCAAAUGGCUUCUCCUCAACUCAUCCUGCUAUUUCUUUUCUUACAUCGAGUCCCGUACUGUCAAAAAGAACUGGCCAGAUAGCAGAGCAGACUGUAUUAGUCGUGGAGCCGACCUGAUUGUGAUCGAUAACCAGGAGGAGCAGAGAUUUGUGAGUGACAGCAUUGAAAAUAUGAAAAGUGGCCGUAACGUCUGGGAGAGCGGAUUCUGGAUUGGUCUCACAGACUCAGAGACAGAGGGGACGUGGGUCUGGAUUAAUAACGUCACCGAGGUGGAACAAAGGUACUGGAUGGAUGGAGAACCAAACAACAUCGGACAACUGGGAGAAGACUGUGGGAUUGCAGUUUAUAGCCCCAAUAAUCCCUGGAAGACCCGUUUCGAUGCCAGUUGUCACCAGAGAGAGAGACAUUGGAUAUGUGAAAUGACAUCUAGCUAGAAGCAGGAAGUACUGCUCAAGCAGAAAAUACAAGCAUAUGUUUGUAACUCUUUUUUUUAAAAAAAGCAUAAAACACCUUUAAGACUGGU